AUGUGCUUGAAGGCUUCUCUAUCAUUUUUUGGCCGUUUGGGGCGCUACACUCUUGAAUCUUGUGUGUCUCCAGUCGUCAGUCAUGUUUGGACCGCAAAAUCAUAUGACGGCCGAAGAGUGAUCAUUAAGUUCCGAAAGGAAGUCGAGAAUGACUGCUUGCUUGAGCGUGAAAGGGAGAACCUACUGAGGUUCCGUUCUCCUUAUAUCAGGGCCCUUGUUGAUGUGCCGGCGGAGGAAUACAACGGGCCCCCUUUCCUCGUUUUGAAGCAUAUGGAUGUUUCACUGCCCGACAUGUGGAAACGCCGACAAGAACCACCUUUUAAAGAAAUGAUUACCUCUCUUCUUCGCGCAUUGAACGUGAUACACACUAGAAACUACGUCCAUACAGAUAUCGAGCCAAGGAACAUCCUCCUUUCCAAAGUAGGGAUGCCUAAUAUGGAAGUUAAACUAGCCGAUUUCGAAAAUGUUUUUGAAGCUCCAAAUAACUUUCCUAUCCAGCCUCUUGCCGUACGUUCUCCUGAAGUUUGGCUCAGUCUUCCCUGGGGUCCAUCCGCAGAUAUUUGGAAUCUGGGUCUUUUGUUUGUUAGAAUACGGUUUCAAGCUUUACUUCUUGAUCUAAAAUGUCCUGAUAUCGAUGAAUUCCGGCGCAAAAUAAUGUACUUGACCAAAAUGAAACGCCUUUUUGGUCUCAACAAUCCAUGGCCUGACGCUUUCCUUCAAUCAGAUUGUGCUAAUGACCUUAAACUUGUCGACUCACUUGUGGCUCAGACCAAAACACCCUCAAUGGCAUCCUUCCUAGCAGCACGGAAUGGAACCGAAGUAGAGAUCGAUUUCGCUACCCAAAUGCUGCAAAUUGAUCCAGCUAAGCGCUGGACCGCCGAGCUGCUAAGUCACCGUUGGGUGACAGGCUAA